CCAACGGUCGCCCGCGUGACGUCAGAUCGCGAGAGGAUCGCCCGCCGGUGGGGUCGGAGACGGCGCGGCUCGUGGCUGAGAGCAGCGAACACCGAAGGCGACAUCAUGGCGAUGCAAGCGGCCAAGAGAGCUAACAUCCGUUUACCCCCGGAGGUAAACCGCAUAUUAUACAUAAGAAACUUGCCGUACAAAAUAACAGCAGAAGAAAUGUAUGAUAUAUUUGGAAAAUAUGGUCCAAUCAGGCAAAUCAGAGUUGGAAAUACACCCGAAACAAGAGGAACUGCAUACGUGGUCUACGAAGAUAUUUUUGAUGCCAAGAAUGCUUGUGAUCAUUUAUCUGGAUUCAAUGUGUGCAACAGAUACCUUGUCGUGUUGUAUUACAAUGCAAACAGGGCAUUCCAAAAGAUGGAUACAAAGAAAAAGGAAGAGCAGCUCAAGAUUCUGAAAGAAAAGUACGGAAUAAACACCGAGACCAAAUGAAACUUUUUUGUUUAUUUGAGUUUUGCAUUGUAAAUAUUUGCCUGAACAUUUGGAAUAAUCUGGAUCAGUAUCUCGUCAAUUUUUCUUUUAGGAGUUUUAAGAAAAUCAUUCAUUUUUGAGAAAAACAAACAAAAGUGGGAGGUUAUAUUUUUUAAGAGGCGGUACCACUUUUUGGUCUGAUUAAGCUAUAUUUCAGACAUCAAAAAUCAGUCUGCCGUACCCGUUGCCUUCUAGUUAAUCAAGGCAUUAUAUUUUUCAAUAAUUGAAUUAAAUAAUGGUGUCAUUGCCAACAGUUAUAUUGGUGUAAUAUUCAUUAUUUUGAGAAUGUGCUAGAGUGGAAUGAUUCAAAUGUUGCAGGUUUUUUGCUGGCAGGAAUGGAUGUAUGAAAAAUGACAUUUUAUGUGCUUUUCAGUAUUUUAUUGAAAACCAUAAUAAGUUUUUUUUUUCCAAUCUGACUUCCUGAUUUCUUUAUGUUGGAUAUUUUUUUCAGGGUAUUUGUCAAUGCCCAAAUCUUGCGAUCAUCAUCUGUGUCUGUAUUGGUAUUAAACAAAGCUUUUUUUUCAGGAUAUUUGUCAAUGCCCAAAUCUUGUGAUCAUCAUCUGUGUCUGUAUUGGUAUUAAACAAAGCUAGAAUUUU